AUGCAGAACCAGCAAAUGGCCCAGAUGCAGGCGCAGAUGAAUGCGAAUGGCUCCGUCAACGGCACCCCCGUCAUGGGCAACAUGGCGCAACCCAAACGCAUGGGCAACAACGACCCGGUUGAAAAGCUCAACACGUACAUCUACGACUACUUCCUGCGGAACAGGCACCACGCCCUCGCGCGCGCCAUGCUCGAUGGCGACCUGAAGAUGUCCACCGAGAAGCCGAGCCCCAACAAGUCCAAUGUAGCCAGCGACAUCGACAUGCCCGACGACAUGCCCCUGCCCGCACUGCCUGCAGGCCAGGUCGCCGACAACUCCUUCCUGCUCGACUGGUGGGUCCAGUUCUGGGACAUUUUCGCCGCCGCCAGAGGUCCCAACGGCGGCCCCAAGAAUGCCGUCCAAUAUCUCGGCCACAACCGGAAUCUUGGCCAAAUGCAGAACGAGCAGCGAAACCAGCGCUUGAUGAUGGCCAACAACCCCAUGGCCAACGCGCAGUACAUGAUGGCCCGGAACGGUGCCAUGACCAACGGCAAGCCCACCGAACUCCAGCGGACAGCACACAUGAACAACCGCCCACCCGGCAACCCCAGGGCGGGCAUGCAGUCCAUGAAGAACCCCAACAUGAUUCAGAUGCAACGAGACGGCUCCAACAUGGACAUGAACGGCAACCGCCCCAACUCGCCCGGGUCCAACGAAAAUGCCCCUUCUCCAAACAAGCGCCCCCGCGUCGAAGGUGGUAUGAAUGCUGGUAACAUGCCCAACAAUCAGUUCAAUGAAUUCAUGCCGCAAGGCCCAGGUGCGCAGCAGAAGAACAUCGAGGGUAUCAACUCUGGCGUCCAAGGCUCUCCAAUGGCCCAGUCCGGCCUCGACGGUCAAGACCUCACCUUCGCUGGCAACGGCCCGCGGCCCGGCAGCAUGCCCACCAAUCCUCCAGGCGCACCCCAGCAGGGCAACCAUGCGCUGCAGGACUACCAGAUGCAACUCAUGUUGCUUGAGCAGCAGAACAAGAAGCGGUUACUCAUGGCUCGGCAAGAGCAAGACAACCAAUCUGGACAUCCUCAGCAAGGCGUCAUUGGCGCUCCAGGCUUUGGCGCUGCCAUGUCGCCGCAAGGUAGCAGAGCUGGUGGCCCAUCGCCUAACCCUGCCGACCAAAUGAAGCGAGGUACACCAAAGCUCGGCCAGCAGAAUUUACCCGGCUCACCUAUGCCAGAGGGAAUUAUGGGUCAGCAACGUGGAUCACCCGCACCCAACAUGAACUUCGACCCCACUCUAGCACCCCCAGGAAUGCCUCCGCAAUUCUACCCCCAGAACAUGGGCCCGGGCCCCAACGGCAACCCCAUGAUGCGGCCUCCAAGCUCACACCCGAAUGGCGGUCCCCAGUUCAACGGACAACCCACUACGCAGGAGCAAAUGCAAGCCAUGCGCAAUGGCCAGAUGGCCCAGAAUGGUUGGCGUGGCGGGCCCCAACCAGGCAUGAUGGGCCCUGGCGGCCAGCAGAUGGGCGGACCCAUGGGCCAAAACCCUCAGCAGCGGCAACAAAUGCCGCCUCCUCCAGCGCCCACAAACGAACAGCCACGACCCGAACCAUCCCCAUCAGUGUCUAAUCAGGCACCACCGACGCCGAACCAAGGAAACAAGGCCAAUCCCAAGAAGAAGGUAACCAAAGACAAUAAGAAGCCCGCAAAUAAAAAGGGUAACGCAGGUGCUACUCCAGCUACAUCGAACGGCGAAGAACCACCGACACCGACCUCAUCGACUCCCGUCGCGCCCAUCACGCCCGUACACAAGCAAUCCUUCAACCAAGGACAAAACGGCGGGCCCCAGCAACCCGUGCAACCUCAGCCUCCUUCCGAUCAACCCAUGGACAACGGUGGUCCCCCAUUUGGCAACAUUGACGGUGACCCCAACGGUAUCGAUCUCGCCUUCAACUUUGGCGACGACGCUGGUGCGCUCGAAAACUUUGACUUUGACUCGUUUUUGCAUACGGGAAAUGACAAUGACGCUUUUGGCAAUCUGGUCAGCGACUUUGAUUUCCCGAACGCGGCCGAAGUAUAG